AUGAACACGGUACCCAGACCUCCCAAAGACCACUUCAACGUGCUGUUCUUCGCCAGCGCUGGCUCCUUCACUUGUACGCCGCAUGAGGCUAUUCCAGGCCCGCUCUCUUUGAAGAAGCUUUUCGAAGUCCUAGAAGAGAGGUACAUCGGUAUCAAGGAGAGAAUUCUGGAUUCGAGCUUGGUAACAGUCAAUCUUGAAUACGUAGAUAUACCCGGUCCUGACGACGGCGAUGGGCCUAUCAUUCAGGCAGGUGAUGAGGUUGCCAUCAUUCCUCCUUGGGGACUUGGAUCCAGUAAAUCCACGGUCCAAAUCCCCCGGGUUGCCGAGGGCGCAGCGGAUCGGACAACUGUCGAUCACGAGCCUGAUCGUGUUCCCUCUUGUCGUGCAUCGUGA